CCAUCCUUUCCCGUCUUUCCUUCCAUUCUUCUUCUUCUGCAUUUAAAGUUCCUUUUGCGGCACACACUGCCUGACCGGAGGAAGUUGGGAUUUCGACACCCCAGUGCGUUCCCUCAUCGUGGUCCCGUUUGCAUCUGUUUUCUCAAGUCGGCCCGUUGUCCCCGUGGCUCGCCCGUUUGCGCCCAUAUCCCUAUAACUCGUUUGUCUGUCGGUGGGCGGCUGUUGCUACCGGCGGGUUACUUGUGAUUCACUGGUCGGUUGGGAACCCACAGGAUCUGGGACAGUACAUACAGCCGACUCGGCUGGCGUUACCACAUCUCCACUCCGACUCCCCGCAGUGGGCAGAUAAAAAAAAGACAUCACUCCUGCCGCCUGCAGGUGUGUCCAGAGUUGUUGGUUGCCGGUGCUCCUCGUGAGGUACUGCCACUGGGCGUUCGAUGCUGAGGCAUCCGGACAAGGCAACUGCGAGUUUCUUGCUGUUCCGGUGUGCACACAUGCUCCAAGCACGACUCCACACGCUGAAUUUCGGCACGCUUUCCGGCUCCGUUCUGACACGCUAAAAAGACCACCACCCACUGGCACGGCUCCGCAUCCCUCUCCCCGGCAUGUACCAGCCUGAACCAACGUCAUUUCUCCAGUUGUCGACCGGCUUUGCGAUCCCGCAGAGCUUUCCUGACUACGCCUUCGACGAGAUCCAGUUACGCUUGAGUGACGGGCGAGGCGCCACUGCGGCAGGCGCUGGCGGCAACACGGCGAGUGCACUGCUCUACGAGACCCAUCUGUUCAACGCCGCCAAUAGCGCCGUUGUCGGCCCCGCACCCUCGGCCUCGGGCUCCUUCGACUUUCACCUCAACCCGCCGUCAUCGGCAACCACCGCCGCCGCCGCCGCCGCUGCCACCGCCGCCACUGUGACUGUCGCCGCGCCGCCUCACCCCCAAUCUUCGAUACCAAUCUCGCUCAAGAUGGAAACGCACCCCGACGACCUUGCUGUCCAGGAGGCCGCCGCUCGGGAAUACCAGCCACAGCUCGUGGGACCCCUCGUCGGCGAAAAGACGCCGAGUACGGUGAUCAUGGAGGAAUAUGCCAAGGCCGACCCGAUAUACAUACAGAAGACGAUGGUGUUGCCUCAAACAUACACGCAUUACCGGCCCAUCCAAGGAGAUGGAAACUGCGGCUGGCGGGCAAUUGGCUUCGGCUACUUCGAGACCCUGGUCAAGCUGGGCGACAAGGCCCGCAUCGAAGCCGAGAGGCAACGGCUGGAGGGGUUGAACGCCCUCAUCGAGAACAUCGGCCAGUUUUCGCCCUAUGUGUUCCAGGACUUCGUCGAGGAGACCUUGAAUCUCCUGCAGAAGAUCGCAGGCCUGUCUGGCCACAAGGAGCAGGCAAUGACGGCGCUGCAGGAAGCCUUCAACACGCCAGAGGUCUCCAACUCGAUCGUCUAUCACUUUAGGAUGCUGGCCAGCUCGUACCUCAAGGGCAAUCGGGAGGCAUACGGCGCCUUCAUCACCGGUGACGACGCCGGUGUCGACGGCUAUUGCCAAAACGUGCUUGAGCGUCACAAUGUCGAGAUCGACCACCUAGGACUGGUCCUGCUGGUCAACGUGCUCCUGAAGGACGCUGGAUUCGUGCUCGAGGUAGCCUAUCUCGACCGGAGCCCCGGGUCCGAGGUUAACACAUAUCGUUUCCCCGAAGAGGCCAACGGGCGUCUUAGUUCGGAGCUGGGACCCAUCAUUCACCUUCUCUACCGCCCAGACCAUUACGACAUCCUGUACGCUCCCGAACCGGUCAAUCUGCAGGUCCACCGCGUGGCCGGCUUUUCGCAGAGCUACCAGAUCCAGAGCACGCCCAUGGCCAUGCAAAACUUUGGUUCGGUCGACAUGCAAACGCUAUCACUCAUCCCCGGGUUCGGUGCCCCCGCGACGGGUCUGGCGCCCAUUCUGGACACUACCCCGUCCCCGCUCAGCACAUACAGCCCAAGCCCUGUGUCACCAUGGCCCUAUGUGGACACAUUACAGCAAGCAACCCCGGCACCGUUGCCAGUCCCAACUCCGGCGCCGGCACCAACACCGGCCCCGGCGCAGCAGACGCACCCGCUACGGUUCAGCGAGUACUGCCAGCUUCGCGAGUACGUCGACAACAACACGUGGCGGGAGCCGGCGCUGCAGACCACGACAUUCAAAAAUAGCCAUUUCAAUGUGGCGCACUACAACAAUCCCAACUUCCAGCCGGAAGAGUACAAGCCAGGAGCCGACGACCACGAUACGCCGCCGCGGGUCAGCGGCCGCAAGCGAGGCAGUGUAUAA